UCCAAUUCGCACAACAGAAUUAUUUUAAAAUUUAAAUUCCUUUCCACAUCAUUUACUACAUUUCAACAUGAGCGAAGUUGUCAAGGCCCUUGUCGAGAGACUCAUCCGCGAGAAUAAAGUGAUGUUCUUUGGCAAAAGCUACUGUCCCUACUGUAAGAAUGCCAAAAACCUCUUGGCAUCCAAAAAUAUUGCUUUCAAGACUUUCGAAAUCGACCUCGAGAGCAAUGGGCCUGAAGUCCAGGACUAUUUACAACUCAAGACUGGACAGCGCACCGUCCCCAAUAUCUUUAUCAACAACCAACAUGUUGGAGGCAACUCGGAUUUAGUAGCUGCGAAUGAGAACGGAAGACUCGAUACCUUGCUGAAAGGCAAAACCGAGUUGUAAAUAGAUACUUUCUGUCAAACUUCAUCUUUAUUUGGCAUCAAAUAAACUUGACUUGAAAUCU